AUGUCUAUCAUGAGUCACGGCAAUCUUACCAUCUUCCAUCCUGCAGUUUUUGUUCUCCUUGGCAUCCCUGGGUGGGAGGCUUAUCACCUCUGGCUGUCCCUCCCCCUCAGCCUCAUGUAUGUGACUGCUGUCCUGGGGAACAGCCUCCUGAUAAUGGUCAUCAUCACAGAGCGGAACCUUCAUGAGCCCAUGUACUUCUUCCUCUCCAUGCUAGCCAUCACUGACAUUCUGCUGUCUACCACCACGGUGCCGAAGGCUCUAGCCAUCUUUUGGUUCCAUGCCCAUGACAUUGCCUUUGAUGCCUGUGUCACCCAAGUGUUCUUUGUCCACACGAUGUUUGUGGGAGAGUCGGCCAUCCUAUUAGCCAUGGCCUUUGACCGCUUUGUGGCCAUCUGCACCCCCCUGCAUUAUACCACAGUGCUAACGUGGCCUGCCGUGGGCAAGAUUGCUCUGGCCAUUGUCACCCGUAGCUUCUGCAUCAUCUUUCCAGUGAUCUUCUUGCUGAAGCGGCUGCCCUUCUGCCGGACCAACGUUGUCCCCCAUUCCUACUGUGAGCAUAUUGGAGUGGCCCGCCUUGCCUGUGCUGACAUCACUGUCAACAUCUGGUAUGGCUUCUCAGUGCCCAUCGUCAUGGUCAUCUUGGACGUGAUCCUCAUCGCUGUGUCUUACUCACUCAUCCUCCGAGCAGUCUUUCGUUUGCCUUCCCAGGAUGCCCGGCACAAGGCCCUGAGCACCUGUGGCUCCCACCUCUGUGUCAUCCUCAUGUUCUACGUCCCAUCCUUCUUCACCUUACUGACCCACCGCUUUGGACGCAACAUUCCUCGUCACAUCCACAUCCUGCUGGCCAAUCUCUAUGUGGUGGUGCCACCGAUGCUCAACCCCAUUGUCUAUGGAGUGAAGACUAAGCAGAUUCGGGAUGGAGUAGUCCAUGGGUUCUAUGGUUUCAAAGCCUGGUGCUGUGCUUCACCUCUGGACUGA